AUGGCCAGCACCGACCCGACGCCUCGCACUGCCGCCGAGAUCAUCGCCGACUACCUCCUCGACCGCCUCGAGCGGCACCGUGCGGCUUGGCGGGAGCGGCUUCCGGACAGCGCGAGGGCUCCUCCGCUCGUCUGCGCGAUUCAGGGUCCGCAAGGCAGCGGCAAGUCGUACACCGCCUCGAAGCUCCCAGCCCUCCUCGCCGCCGCCUCUCCGACUCCCUCCUCGGCGUCGUCCGCCCCGAUCCGCACCGCCGCCCUCUCGCUCGACGACCUGUACCUCCCGCACGACGGUCUCGCCGCCGUCGCCGCCGCCGAUCCGGCCAACGCGCUCCUGUCCGGCCGCGGCCAAGCCGGAACGCACGACCUCCCUCUCGCACUCGAGCUCCUCUCGGCGCUCAAGCGGCCUUCGCCCAACGCCCAGUCCCUCAAGCUCCCCUUGUUCGACAAGAGCCUGCACGGCGGCGCCGGCGACCGGCUGCCCCGCGAGCAGUGGGUCGAGGUCGAGCGCCCGGACGAGGUCGACCUCGUCGUGUUCGAGGGGUGGAUGAACGGCUUCCGCCCGCUCGACCCGCCGUCGCUUCUCUCCGAGCUCUACAACCUCGCGCGCUCGGACCCAGGCGCGGCGAAAGCGCGCCUCGGGAUCGACUACGAGCCGCCGUUCCUGCUCGAGCACGACGAGGCGCACCUCGCCGUCGUGCAUGACAACCUGCGUGGGUACGCCCCGAUGUGGGACGAGGUCGACGUGUUUGUCCAGAUCAAGCCCGAGCGCAUGGGCUUUGUGUGGGAGUGGCGCCUCGAGCAAGAGCACAACAUGAAGGCCAAGAACGGCGGCAUCGGCAUGACGGACGAGCAGGUCAAGCACUUCAUCGCCCGGUACAUGCCCGGCUACGAGCUCUGGCUGCGCGGCAUCGACGACCCCAAGUCGACCUGGGCGGGCAACGGCCUGCGCGUCGUCAUCGACAAGCGGCGCGACGUUCUCGGCGUCGAGCACUUCUAG